AUGCCCAUCAAAGGUGCCACAUGGAAUGGAACCUCCGGCAAUCCAACCAAGUCCGAUCCUGUGAACGAAGUGGUCAAGGAAGUCAAGAAAGCGGAGACUCAACACCGCGGGAAGAAGUCCUGUGCCACCAGGGAUUUGACGGAAACAGAGUAUCGCAAGGUGGUCCACGGCAAAGGGAGCUUUGAAUCGACCAUCCGUACAGCCUGCAUGUUGAAGCAGCAAGUCCAUCUCAUCACCAGGACGGAUGACAUCUCCAAGUUGAAGUAUUCCGACUACAAGCCGCAUCCAGACUUCCCUUUUGCGCUCAGUUGCAAGGUGCAUUGGUCCAAGAAUAUUUCAGAAGAACGACAAUGCCCUGACCAAAUCAUUCUUGGGUCGAUGGAUACCGCCUUUUGUGCCAUGCUCGGAUUGGCGAAUUACAUGGAGGCGUCCUUCAACUACGGGUAUGGCGCCACUGGUCGGGAAAAUGCAUUCCUCUUUACUCCCGAAAGCAAUCCCAAGUUGGCUCCCAAGCACUGCAACGCAGCCUACCGCACUAUUCUCAAGGCUGUCUUUUUGUCGGCUCCAUUUCUGGCUGUGGCGGUCCUCAUUGUCUGUGUUCUUGGGAGUCACAGCAUUCGGAAGUUUGCUGCAACUCUGGCAAGAGGAAUGGGUGCUACUGCUGACGAAGUUGACAUUCGAGGUCGCUGGAAGGCUCGCUUAUCUGGACGGGUUGUUGAUGCCUACAUUUCGCCUGAACAGCCCUGGAUCGACGCCCGUGUUGCCGAAAAGCUUUGCAUGGGGGCUCCUACAAGCUACACCCGGACGCCAAGAGAGUGA